UUGCAUCGUGGAGUUACCUGAGUAGGAAAGGCCUUGAAGCAAUCUUGCUUUCAGUCCUUUUUCGAAGACGGCCAUCAGACCUUUGUACUACCAGCAGUCUUUUCGAGUUUUGUGACCAUGGCCCACACUGGAGUGGUGAAAAAAUACAACAGUGACAAGGGCUUUGGCUUUAUUGUUCCACAAGGCACAAACCAGGAUCUUUUCGUACUUCGAACAGAUGUCAUUGGCGGAUCUUUGCAGGCUGGUGACAAGGUCGCUUUCGACGAGGGCUUGAACGAGCGCACCGGAAAGCCGAAGGCCAUCCAUGUCACUGGCGGCAGCGGCCCUCCAGGUAAAGGUGAGGGCGAAGGUGGAGGGAAAGGCAAAGGCAAGCGCGGCGACAAGGGCAAAGGAGGUCCGAAGCAGCUCGGAGGGCUCAACGGAGCUGGACCGCUAGCUGGUGGGCCAUGCCCAUGUGGACCUUGUGCCCCGUGCAUGGCACUUGCAGGAGGUGGUGCGCUGCCUGGCGUAGGCAAGCCGCUGGUGCCUGGCGCGACCGGCGUGCCAGGUAGCGGAAAGACCGGACUGGUUAAGUUUUUCAACGACGAGAAGGGCUUCGGCUUCAUCAAGCAAGAUGACGGAGGUGCAGAUCUGUUUGUGCAUCGCAAUGACGUCAUUGAUCAACUUUUGAAGGAGGGCGACCGGGUCCAGUACAGCGAGGCUGUGGACAGCCGCACUGGCCGGAUGAAGGCUCACCAGGUGGCCGGAGGUACUGGCGGCGCCAAACCGCCUGAGAAAGGCAAAGGCAAAGGCAAGAAGGGAAAGGGCAAGAAUCCGGGCACUCCGGAGACGUCUCCGGUCUUGGACCAGCAGAUGAGUGGCAUGGCCAUGGCUGCACAGAAGAUGCCUAACCUGGGAUCCUUUGGCAUGGCCAGUGGCCCGAGCAUUUUGAUGGGCAAGAGCGGCUUCCCCGGGUGCUGUGGCGCCACGGGUUGCGAAGGACAAAGUGACUCCAUGGGUUCAAUGGCAGGUUGUGGCUGCAAUCCCAUGGGUGGCCUCGUCGGGUGCGGAGCCUGUGGCUGCUGUGGUCAGCCAUGCGGAUGCGGAACCAUGGGAUGUGGAAAUCUUCAGAUGGGUGGCUGCAAUGCUCAAAAUUGCGCAGGAGGAUGUGGCUGCGCUGGUGGCAACUGCAAUAGCUGCAUGGCUGGCAACCUGAGCGGCAACGGGGCAUGCGUUGGCGGAUGUGGCGGUGGGUGCUGUGGGGCCUGUGGCUGCGGAGCCUGUGGCUGCCCGAGUGGAGCCUGUGGCUGCGGUGGCUGCGGUUGCAGCGGCUGUGGUGGUUGCGCUGGAUGCGGUGGCUGUGGUGGUAGCUGCUGUGGCAACCCAACCAACACCGGCGGCAUGAACUUGACCCCUGCGAUGUAUGAGAGGCUGGCGAACGCAACAAGUGGUGGAGGUGCUGGCUUUGAUGAUUUCGACUACACAGGUCAAGGCUCUAACAACCUGCGAGCGGCCGCUGGAGCCUGUUUUGCCAACCUCGCAGGCAAUCCUUUGGGCGGUGGAAAUCCUGGACAAGGCAUGGCUGGAUGCAUGCCCAGUGGCGAUGGAGCAUCGGGGGCAGGUGGAUGCUUUGCAAACGCUGCCGGCGGAGCGAAUCUGACGCCGGCCAUGUAUGAAAGGUUGGCCUCCGCCGCACAGAGUGGAGGUCGCAAUUUCGACGAGUAUGCGGCUGAGUAUGGUUCCAACCUGAGCGGCGGCUGCUUCCAAAACUUGGGAGGAGCAAACCUCUUGGGCGGCAGCACGAACCAGGGUCAAGGUGGUGGAAUGCCCAACCAGAUGACCAUGACUCAAAUGCAGGCAAUGGCUGCCCAGAUGGCUCAACAACCUGGCGUGUAUCAGACCGGCAAUCCAGGGGCCCUCCCUGGAGGCAACGUCGGAAACCUUUGAUCCCAAGCGUGGAUUGGGCUCUCUCCGACAGUCACAGAUCGCCGUGAGAGUCUGGGCCCUCCCUGAGAACACCGAGUACACA